AAACACUGUAAACAUUUUGCGUGAAUGAAUGACACAUAUUCUUGACGGAAUCUGAAACUCAAAAUAAAAUUUAAUAAUGGUGGAUCGUUUGGUAAAUAGUGAGGCAAAUGCAAGAAGAAUUGCUAUGGUGGAGAACUGCUUCGGCAGUUCGGGCCAGCCAUUGGCAGAACAGGGCAAAAUUCUUGUGGGAGAGGGUGUCUUAACCAAAAUGUGCAGGAAGAAACCAAAAGCUCGUCAGUUCUUCCUCUUCAAUGACAUUCUGGUCUAUGGAAACAUUGUUAUAAACAAGAAGAAAUGCAACAAGCAACAUGUCAUUCCACUAGAAGAAGUGAAACUGGAAGCUUUAAAGGAUGAUGGACAAUACCGCAACGGCUGGCUUAUCCGCACGGCGUCCAAGUCGUUCGCGGUGUACGCGGCCACGGCUACCGAGAAGGAAGAAUGGAUGGCGCAUAUAGAGAAAUGCAUAGAGGACUUGCUCAGGAAAAGCGGAAAGCAGCCACCAUCUGAGCACGCCGCAGUGUGGGUGCCCGACAAUGAGGCCUCCAUCUGCAUGCACUGCAAGAAGACACAGUUCACUGUCCUCAACAGGAGACAUCAUUGUCGCAAAUGCGGCUCUGUGGUGUGCGGGCCGUGCUCGUCCAAGCGGUUCGUACUUCGCGGUCAGAGCGAGAAGCCGCUCCGCGUAUGCCUGCAGUGCUACGACGAGCUGACUAGGGAACGGGCCCGUCCCAACCAGCCUAACCAGCCUGCUAACACGCCCGUGAAGCCGUCGACGGACAACGCCGGUUCGGGCGGCGACUCGUCGGCCGACGACGACAGCGACGACGACGACGACCGCACCGAGGAGAAGCACGACGAGCCAAAAUUCUAUGGUGAUGGUGAUAAGACUGAAGAGACCAACAACCAUUCGUCCAAGGAUUCCGCCAAGUGAGCAGAUGUUAGAAAUAGCUCCGAACUUGACUUACCAGAACUUUUAACCCUUUUACCAACAAAGACGUCAACAAAUGCCUGUGGCUACGGUCCAAUCGUCACUUCAAAUGAUCGCCGUUCUUUAUAAAAACCAUCUUGAUUUUAUUAUAAAAGUUUUGGUAAGAUAAAUAGUAAAUAAUCCAUUUAGUAGCGUCCGAAGUCCUUAUUAUUUAAGAAUGCUGGUUUCUUUAUAGGGCGCCUAAAAUAGGAUUAUUUAACCUUCAGGAGCAAAAGUAAAAUAUUUACAUGUCUUAUGAAUAGGAUUCAGCGAAAGCUGUGUUCUUUUAUUUAUUUAUUUUAACUGGUGGAAUUAAUUGAUGGAAUUAAUCCAUAUCAUUUUUGUAACCACAUUUGUUAAUUUUAUUAUUUUCUUAUACUGUUAGAUGUGUACAAAAUUUGAUAAAGACUGCACGUUAUGUGUGCGCUCAGAAUUCCUUAGAUAAAUUGAAUUAACACGUUCACUGUCCCACAUUGAAUUGUUAACCCGUUUGUAAUACUAGCCGUUACCGUUACGUGGUGACAUUGGGCAGUGAACAUGUUAAAUGAUGUCACAGCAUUGAGUAGUAAUAACAUUGUUAUAGUACUAAAAACAAUAAAUUCAUACCUAAUGAAUAUUUGGAAGUUUAGUUCAUGUAUUUUUUCUAUUUUCUAAAUACAUGUUUUGAUCUUAUUUAUAUUCAUUAGUACAACUUCUAAUUACACCUAUAAAUUCCAGUAUUUUUUUUUAUUACUAUCUGUUUUAUAAUAUUUGCGAGUAAUUGUUCGGCCGACGCAAACGGCCGACAGCCGUAGGACAAAGUUCACGUCAAUUAAUAAAAUCACUCCUGUCUGUAGGUCGGUCGUUGAAAGUUUGCAUUAAAAGGUACUACUUAUCUAAGUGUUUUUGACUAUUUCGACUUUAAACUCAGACUAGGUAAAACGAUGAAACAUUUUAAAUUUAAAGCAAUGUACAGUCAACCAAUUGGAACCCUAGGCCACUGUAGAACUAUGCCAUAGUGACGUUAUAAAUCAGAUUGUAGGAAAUCUCUUACCGCUUGUCAUUUUGACAUGGUUGUAGUGGCGUAGGGUUCCAAUUGGUUGACUAUUAUGUAGUUAGACAAUUUGAACUUACCUUACUUCUUUCUGACUGAAAACUUUUCCAUAAGACAAGGUCCAAAUAAAUUUCUUAAAUACUUCAAAUAUUUUGUACUUUAAUAAACUUAUAGUAACUUUUUUAUUUAAUGAGAAUGUAAAUAUUUGGAAUUACUUGUAUCGGUUUUGCUUCCAGCUUUAAAUCGCUCAAACGAACCGAGACGGCAGGUUUUAUUUAAUUCUAAUUUAUUUAACAAACAAUACCUUAAAUGUGGUACUAACAGAAGUUAACAAUAUCCUUAGGUUAAGUCAUAAUGAUAUGUCAAUCAUAUUUAAUAUUCUACAUGAGUUAGCAUAUUUUAUUAUAAACUUUAUUAUAGUUUAUAUUUUGCUAUUUUUAUUGUUAAUUAUUGCGGAUUGGUUUAAGAAUUAGAGUGGUAUUGGAGAUUUAAUAGGUAUGAUAUUUACAGGGUUUAAAUGUUACGCAGUUUCUAACUUUAUUAAAUUUUGGAUAUUAUACUGGUUUGCUGCUAUUAGAAUAAUUGGUUCAAAAUUUAAUUUGGCUGUUUUUAAAUCAAUCCGUACAUUGUAAAGUAAUUAUCUAGAAUCGUAUGUAUAUCAGUUUUUUUUUAGAAAUUAAGAGGUGUAUUGAGUAGCGUAAUUUGUUUCUUUCAGAAACUCGAUAUGAAUAGUUUAUUUGCAAAACAAUAAAAUAUUAAAUUGUGGCCUAUGUAACGUGGCCUAAGUGUUAGCUGUUUUCGUUUCGCGAAAUAUUGUUAAGCAAAAUUAUUUUAAGAUAUUGUUUAAUUUUCAGUUGACAAAUAUACAAUAAUAUUUUUAUAACGUUA